CGUCCCGCAGUCGGGAGCGCGCCCCGUGGAUGACAACAAAUUCGUCGCGCAGCGGCGGUGGAGGUGUCCGCCUCAGCUCCGGCCUCAGGCCUUUCCGUCUCCUCGCGUGAUCUCUUGCAUCCUCUCUCUGGGCCGACUAGGACCCCCUCGGAAGCCCCCGGACUUGGGGUGACGGGGACUCCUCCGCGCCUUGUCCUCGCCAGGCCUAGCGCGAGCGGCGCGGCACAGGUGAUGGGAUCUCCCUGAGGGAUUCCCGGCCCCGAGCGGGCAUGGAGGGGCCUCCCCGGGCUUAGGCUUCGCCGCGGCCUGGGCUCGCCGGCCGGGACCUGAGACGCCGCUGCAGCCACAGCAGCGGCCUGGAGCCGGAGCCUGGACCCCCCAGGCCGGAGCCGUCCGCAGCCCCCGCCGGCCCAGCUGCCAGCCCUCGUCAUGCCUUGGCCGUUUUCGGAGUCCAUCAAGAAGAGGGCCUGUCGGUACCUCCUGCAGAGGUACCUGGGCCACUUUCUGCAGGAGAAGCUGAGCCUGGAGCAGCUCAGUCUGGACCUGUACCAGGGCACCGGGUCCCUCGCCCAAGUUCCCUUGGACAAAUGGUGUCUCAAUGAGAUCCUGGAGUCAGCAGAUGCGCCUUUAGAAGUCACUGAAGGAUUCAUACAGUCCAUUUCUCUGUCCGUUCCAUGGGGCUCCUUGCUGCAGGAUAAUUGUGCACUGGAAGUAAAAGGGUUAGAACUGGUCUUCCGACCUAGACCUCGCCUAGCAACUGGUUCUGAGCCUAUGUAUUGGUCAAGUUUCAUGACCAGCAGUAUGCAAUUGGCAAAAGAAUGUCUUAGCCAGAAACUAACAGAUGAACAAGGAGAAGGAUCCCAGCCUUUUGAAGGACUUGAAAAGUUUGCUGAAACCAUUGAAACAGUACUAAGAAGAGUAAAAGUCACUUUUAUAGACACUGUCUUGAGAAUUGAACAUGUGCCAGAAAAUUCCAAAACUGGAACUGCACUUGAAAUUCGAAUAGAAAGAACCAUGUACUGUGAUGAAACUGCUGACGAGUCCUCAGGUAUUAAUGUACAUCAACCCACAGCUUUUGCUCACAAGUUACUUCAGCUCUCUGGAGUGUCUCUCUUCUGGGAUGAGUUUUCUGCAUCAGCAAAAUCUUCCCCAGUUUGUUCAACUGCACCAGCGGAAGCUGAGCCAAAGCUGUCCCCUAGCUGGAGUCCCAGAAUUGUUUAUGAGCCACACCCACAACUAACUAGGAGUUUGCCAGAGGCAGCACCCUCUGACCCGGUGCAGAUUGGAGGGCUAGUCGGUAGUUUGGGGUUGAGUCUCACAUUGAAACAGAAUGAGGUACUUCCUGGAGCUAAGUUGGAUAUUGAUGGACAGAUAGACUCUAUACAUCUAUUCCUGUCGCCAAGGCAGGUGCACUUGCUUUUGGAUAUGUUAGCAGCUAUUGCUGGACCAGAAAAUUCAAGCAAAAUCGGGUUAGCUAAUAAAGACAGAAAAAAUCGACCCAUGCAGCAAGAAGAUGAAUAUCGAAUUCAAAUGGAAUUAAACCGGUAUUAUUUGAGGAAAGAUUCCCUCUCUGCGGGUGUAUCCUCAGAGCAAAGCUUUUAUGAGACAGAAACAGCUCGUACACCUUCUAGCCGGGAAGAAGAAGUUUUCUUCUCCAUGGCUGAUAUGGACAUGUCCCAUAGUCUCUCUUCUCUUCCACCCCUUGGGGAACCCCCAAAUAUGGACCUUGAGUUAUCAUUAACUAGUACAUAUACAAACACACCAGCAGGAUCUCCGUUAAGUACUACUGUGCUUCAGCCAACUUGGGGAGAUUUCCUUGAUCAUCAUAAAGAACAGCCAGUAAGAGGGUCAGCAUUACCAUCCAGCCUAGUUCACCCAGCAUCUUUACAGAAGACUGCUCUCCCCUCUAGAUCUGUUUCAGUGGAUGAAUCCAGGCCUGAAUUUAUUUUUAGACUAGCUGUGGGAACUUUUUCAAUCUCUGUGCUUCACAUCGAUCCUUUAUCUCCACCUGAAACAUCAUUGAACCUUAAUCCAUUGACACCUAUGGCGAUAGCUUUCUUUACUUGUAUAGAAAAGAUUGAUCCAGCAAGAUUUUCAACAGAAGAUUUUAAGUCUUUCCGAGCGGUAUUUGCAGAAGCUUGCUCACAUGAUCACCUUAGAUUUAUAGGUACUGGCAUCAAAGUAUCCUAUGAACAAAGACAAAGAUCAGCUUCUAGAUAUUUCAGUACUGAUAUGUCCAUAGGGCAAAUGGAACUUUUGGAAUGCCUGUUUCCGACUGAUUUUCAUUCUGUUCCUCCUCACUAUACAGAGCUUUUAAUGUUCCAUUCCAAAGAACAAACUGAUUCUCACCCCCCUGUGUGUCUUCAGCUUCAUUAUAAGCAUUCUGAGAAUAAAGGACCCCAGGGUAGUCAGGCAAGACUUAGUUCUGUUCCUCAGAAGGCAGAAUUACAAGUUAAGUUAAAUCCAGUGUUUUGCGAGCUGGAUAUCAGUAUUGUGGACAGGUUGAAUUCUUUGCUUCAACCACAGAAGCUCACUACAGUAGAGAUGAUGGCAUCACACAUGUAUACUUCAUAUAAUAAGCAUAUUAGUCUGCACAAAGCUUUCACUGAAGUAUUUCUAGAUGACUCACAUAAUCCUGCAAAUUGUCGGAUAUCAGUACAAGUUGCCACGCCAGUAUUAAACCUUUCUGUUCGCUUCCCAAUACCUGAUCUUCGCUCAGAUCAAGAGAGAGGACCAUGGUUUAAGAAGUCACUUCAGAAGGAGAUUCUUCAUUUAGCAUUCACAGAUCUAGAAUUUAAGACUGAAUUCCUAGGAGGAUCAACCCCUGAACAAGUUAAAUUGGAACUUACCUUUAGAGAACUAGUUGGGUCAUUCCAGGAGGGUAAAGGAGAACCAUCCAUUAACUUUUUCCACGUGACUAGUGGAGGAGAUGGAGACACAGCGUCAUCAGAUGACUUUGACUGGCCGCGAAUUGUACUGAAAGUAAACCCACCAGCCAUGCAUUCCAUUUUGGAGAGAAUAGCAGCUGAGGAAGCAGAAGAGAGUGAUGGCCACUACCAGGAAGAAGAGGAAGGAGGCGCUCAUUCCCUGAAAGACGUUUGUGAUCUGAGAAGACCAGCCCCGUCUCCCUUCUCUUCUCGUAGGGUGAUGUUUGAAAAUGAACAGAUGGUGAUGCCAGGAGACCCUGUAGAAAUGACAGAGUUUCAAGAUAAAGCAAUCAGCAAUUCUCACUAUGUGCUGGAACUUACAUUACCCAAUAUUCAUAUAACACUACCUAAUAAAAGCUUUUAUGAGAAGCUUUAUAAUAGGAUCUUUAAUGAUUUGCUGCUCUGGGAACCAACAGCUCCUUCACCAGUAGAGACAUUUGAAAAUAUUUCAUAUGGUAUUGGGCUUUCAGUAGCCAGUCAACUGAUUAAUACCUUCAACAAAGAUAGUUUUAGUCCAUUGAAAUCUACAGUUCACUAUGAUGAGGAAAGUGGAUCUGAGGAGGAGACUUUGCAGUAUUUUUCCACUGUUGAUCCCAAUUAUCGUUCUCGUAGGAAGAAAAAACUAGACUCUCAGAACAAGAACUCGCAGAGUUUUCUCUCAGUUCUUCUGAGCAUUAAUCAUGGAUUAAUGGCAGUGUUUACAGAUGUCAAGCAAGAUAAUGGAGAUCUGUUGGAAAACAAGCAUGGUGAAUUCUGGUUAGAAUUCAACAGUGGUUCGUUAUUUUGUGUGACAAAAUAUGAAGGUUUUGAUGACAAGCACUAUAUCUGCCUUCAUUGUAGCAGUUUCAGUCUCUAUCACAAAGGCAUAGUGGAUGGAGCAAUUCCUUCUACAGAAACACGACUGCCCAGUUCAACCCGACCACAUUGGUUAGAACCUACUAUUUAUUCCUCUGAAGAAGAUGGCCUCAGUCGAGCUUCUUCAGAUGGUGUUGGAGGAGACACUUUGAAUAUGCUCUCUGUUGCAGUUAAAAUAUUGUCUGAUAAAUCAGAGUCCAAUACAAAGGAAUUUCUCAUUGCUGUGGGACUGAAAGGAGCCACUCUCCAGCACAGAAUGCUUCCUUCCGGGUUUAGCUGGCAUGAGCAGAUUUUAUACUUCUUGAAUAUUGCUGAUGAACCUGUUCUGGGAUACAAUCCUCCAACUUCAUUUACAACCUUUCAUGUUCAUCUCUGGAGCUGUGCACUUGAUUAUAGGCCUCUUUAUUUGCCAAUCCGAUCUGUUCUUACUGUUGAAACAUUCAGCAUUUCAAGUAGUGUUGCCUUGGAUAAAUCAUCUUCUACUCUCAGAAUAAUCUUGGAUGAAGCUGCUUUACACCUGUCUGACAAGUGUAAUACUGUCACUGUAAACCUGAAUAGAGAUUAUGUUCGUGUGAUGGAUAUGGGGCUUUUGGAAUUAACCAUAACUGCAGUGAAGUCUGAUUCUGAUGGAGAGCAAACUGAGCCGCACUUUGAAUUACACUGUUCGAGUGACGUUGUCCAUAUUAGAACGUGCUCGGACUCUUGUGCUGCAUUAAUGAAUCUCAUUCAGUACAUUGCAAGCUACGGGGACUUACAUGUGGCUAACAAGGCGGACGUGAAGUCCGGAGCCCCGCAAAGAAAGAUGAAGGUAGAUUCCGCUGGUCGGUCAUCCUCACGUGGUCCAGUGCUUCCUGAAGCAGAUCAACAAAUAUUACGAGAUUUGAUGAGUGACGCUAUGGAGGAAAUUGACACACAAGAGGCUGCUGCGUCUGUAAAACCACAGUCUAAUGGUGUUUUGGAUGAGAAAUCUCAAAUUCAGGAGCCAUGUUGUUCAGACCUCUUCCUGUUUCCUGAUGAGAGUGGAAACGUGUCCCAGGAGCCUGGACCCACUUACGCCUCAUUCACACACCACUUGAUGAGUGAUGCGGUGACAGGCGUGCCCACAGAAAAUGACGACUUUUGCAUUCUCUUUGCACCAAGAGCAACCAUUCAGGAGAAGGAAGAAGAACCAGUUGUAAAAAUAAUGGUUGAUGAUGCGAUUGUGAUAAGAGAUAAUUAUUUUAGUCUGCCUGUUAAGAAGACAGAUACGAGCAAAGCCCCGUUACACUUUCCUAUUCCUGAAAUUCGGUACCUGGUUAAAGAAGUCUCUCUUGUCUGGCAUCUUUUUGGAGGAAAAGAUUUUGGAACAGCCCCUCCUGCUUCUCCAGCUAAAAGUUAUAUUAGUCCCCACAGCUCACCUUCUCACACACCUGCAAGACAUGGACGUAAUGUGGUAUGUGGGGGAAAAGGAAGAAACCAUGACUUUUUAAUGGAAAUACAAUUAAGCAAGGUGAAGUUUCAGCACGAGGUCUACCCCCCAUGCAAACCAGAAUGCGAUUCUAGCCUCUUGGAACACCCGGUCUCCCGGCAGGUGUUCAUCGUGCAGGAUCUUGAAAUUCGAGAUCGUCUGGCAACAUCACAGAUGAAUAAGUUUUUGUACCUGUAUUGCAGUAAAGAAAUGCCUCGAAAAGCUCAUUCCAACAUGCUGACAGUGAAAGCAUUACAUGUGCGCCCGGAGUCUGGCAGGUCACCACAGGAAUGCUGCCUCAGAGUGUCACUAAUGCCACUUCGCCUCAAUAUUGACCAGGAUGCCUUGUUCUUCCUGAAGGAUUUCUUCACAAGUGUUUCCACAGAAGUAGAGCUUCUCAUGGCUCCAGAUCCAGAAGUUAAAAAGUCUCCUGGAGCUGACGUCACCUGCAGUUUGCCAAGGCAUUUAAGCACCUCAAAGGAGCCAAAUCUAGUUAUUUCUUUCCCUGGGCCAAAGCAGCCAUCCCCAAAUGGCAGUGCCAAUUCAGUGCAAGUGGUCAAUGGGGAAGAAGAGAAGGACUUCUCUGCUGAAGAAGCAUCGUUUAGCGAUCAGCCUGUGUUUUUUAGAGAAUUUAGAUUCACAUCAGAAGUUCCUAUUCGACUUGAUUAUCAUGGCAAACACGUAUCAAUGGAUCAGGGUACGUUAGCUGGGAUUUUGAUUGGUCUGGCCCAGUUAAACUGCUCUGAACUGAAGCUGAAGAGGCUUUUCUAUCGGCAUGGUUUGCUAGGUGUUGACAAAUUAUUCUCAUAUGCAAUCACUGAAUGGCUUACUGACAUUAAGAAGAACCAGCUGCCAGGAAUUCUGGGAGGCGUUGGGCCUAUGCACUCACUAGUGCAAUUAGUGCAAGGCCUGAAGGACUUGGUCUGGUUGCCAGUUGAGCAGUACCGGAAGGGCGGCCGCAUCGUCAGAGGGUUUCAGAGAGGCGCCGCCUCCUUUGGCACCUCGACAGCGAUGGCUGCUCUAGAACUCACGAACAGAAUGGUUCAAACCAUACAGGCGGCGGCAGAGACUGCUUAUGACAUGGUGUCUCCUGGUACCCUUUCUAUCGAGCCCAAGAAGGUCAAAAGGUUCCCUCAUCACCGCUUAGCCCACCAGCCAGUGGACCUGAGGGAAGGUGUGGCCAAGGCCUACAGUGUCGUGAAGGAGGGAAUUGCAGACACGGCUCAGACCAUUUACGAAACCGCAGCCCGGGAGCACGAGAGCAGAGGGGUGACUGGCGCCGUGGGCGAGGUCCUGCGCCAGAUCCCUCCCGCCGUGGUGAAACCUCUGAUCGUUGCCACAGAAGCAACAUCCAGCGUCUUAGGUGGCAUGAGAAACCAAAUCAGACCAGACGUUCGGCAAGACGAGUCACAGAAAUGGCGCCACGGAGAAGACUGACGUUUCAGACGUGGUUCUUCAUGAAGAUAAUGAGGGUGGAAAUAAGGAACAGAGUAUCCCACUGGCAGCUUCAGGGGGAACUCGCUUAAUUUUAUUGUGCUCAUCUCAGGAACAAAACCAUUUCUUAGUGAAAUAAUUUAGUAUCAAAACAACAUGCAACCAAAACCUUUUGACAUUUUAGGGCUAGUUUGGUACUUGCCUGUAGAAUAGAAACGUUUGGUGGCUGGCGUCAAAAGUCCAGGAAGCAUUUGCUGCCCAGUUAGUGGAAUGUUUGCUUUUAUUAAAAUGACUGUACUGUUCCGUGUUACAGACAGCUGUCAUUGGAAACCUCCUUUUACAGUACAGAGUGCUCAGAAACAUUGGAGCACUUUGAAAGCACUAUUUACGUUGCUCUAAGGAGUUGAUUUUUCUCCAGGUUUGAAGAGAAUCACAGCUUCGAAACUUUCAUUGAAAAUGAGAGACAGAAGCCACAGGGAAAGUAAAACAAAUAGGAUUUUCAAUAUAAAUACCCGUGAGGGAAAAAUAACCUAGUCUGUUGGAUUUAGUGUUCCCGCACUCGCGAACAAUGUCGUUUCCAUUUGCUCAGAAGAGCCUUCUGUGGGAGUUUGAGAACGUGAAUGUCGCAGACUUGUUCUGUUGUGUUGCACUUUAUUGUGUGUGUGUGUGUCUGUGUGUGUGUGUGUGUGUGUGUUUAGAUUAAUACAAGUUAUGUGCUAUAUUCUACGUGUAAUUUAUAGAGUUACACAAAAUAUAAAGAGGGGUAAGUCUGAAGGUUUUUGGCAAAGGAAGGUAACUCAAAUGUAAUAACUUUCAUUCAUUCUGAGUGUAAAUGAAAAUGUGCAUUCUAUAAUGAACUGGGGCCCAUCUCAUUGUUUAUAUAUUCAAUUUUAAGCAGGUGUAGUGCAAGGUUAUUAGGAAUGUGUGGAAAGGGAGAUUGAAAGUGGUUUUUACUCUUUUGAAAUUAACCAAAAAUCCUCCAAAUAUGCCCUAGUCAGCUAUUUCGAAGUACCAUUUUUACUUGGUUAACAAUGUACAUUUUGAUAAUCUGUCAGGAAUGAAUAAAAUAUUUUUAUUUAAAGGUAAAAUUGUUUUAUGCUUCCAUGAAUAUUUUGCUUCUCUUAGAGCAUAUUCAUAGAUGCAAUACUAGAAUUUAUUCCAAGACCCUUGGGAACACUUUCUCAAAAUUGAUUUUGGUUAAUAUCAAGUAAAUCAUUACCUAGGAGUGAGAGGGAAAUUGUUCUCAAGAACUCAGCCUCUAACUUUAGAUUAAUCUAGCAGAAAGAAAAUAUAGGACUUUGUAUUCAUCCACUGUUUAAAGUUGCACGAUGUACAUCCUCAUUUUCUAGAGUGGGGGGAUGUCAUCGAGGUGAAUUUGGAUUUCACAGCUGCUUUCACUUUGGGGUUUGGAAAAUGACGUAUCAAUUUCAUUCUCUAAACUUUCUAAACAAGAAAGCAAAUGUAAACCAAAAAUCUGAACAUUUAAAAUUUAUAAAAUGAUGUUAAAUAGCAUUUGAUUUAAUUUUGUUUUCUGUUUACUGCUGAAAAACUUAAAAGGAUAGUGCUCAGAAAACCACCUGUUUAAGCAUCACAGGACCGUUUAUUACUCGGCCCUAGUUAGAUGGAGUCCACCUAGAACGUGGUCCUGAACGCUAGCCAUGGCUGUUUAUUAUAUGAAGCUUCAGCCUGCUUCCGGGGUGCUUUCCAGGCACCCUCGCAUUGACACCAGUAUUUUCCCUUAUAAGGGAACAUGCUGUGUGUGAUAUCUGUGAUGAUCAAUCAAACUGGAAAACACUUGCUCAAAUUUAAAAAUAUAAAAUCUCUUUAUUAAAUAUAUUUUCCAUACUACAUCUCAUUGAACUUAAAUAAUUAGUAUAGGGAGAAAUAAUCAUCCUCUUCUUUGUACUCUGAGUUGCAAAUGGAUCUGUUUUUUUUGACAAAUUGGGUUUAUAAGUCCCAUUUAAACAUAUAUCUUUAUAGUGUAAUUUCCAUGGCUCUCUGUUCUGCCCUCCUGCACCUGCUUUUAAUAGAAUCCAUGUUUGGGAACAGAAACCUUGUGUCUCAGAAAGAUUCAGUGUCAGGGUCUAGUCAUUGUCAGUUUAACCAAGAUGCUCUUUACUUGAGAUGUUUACAUAGAGGUCCUUUCUAUAUUUGAAUACUUAGGCAUUGUUAAAUGUCCUUAAUUUUUUCUAUAGUGUCUUUUCGAACUUUUACGUCACCAUGACACAGUAGAGAGUGUUGGCAGGAUCCUCGUGUUGCCAGAUCUGUGACUUACCAAGUGGAUGCUUUUGCCAAGACAUUGAGUUUCUUUGUGCCUCUGGGUCCCUCUCUGUAAAUGAAGGGGUUUCUUACGACAAAGCCCAACAGAGAUUUUCGGAUGAGUAGAGCGUGUGUGUGUAUGCAUGUGAAUGAUGACGUGGGAUGUGGCACUCCGUUGAGUGCCCCAGGCCUCUGGCACCUGGGACGGGUGGUGGUGUCGAACGAGAGCACUGGCCACAUCACACCCACAGUAGCCACGGCUCCUUCAGAUCUCUGAUCUCUUAGAGUAACGUGUCUCUGAAUGGCCAUGGUGCCUUCAAGGCUGACUUCUGAAUGGAGCAAACUGAGCAUGUCCAUGUACUGCUGCAUUGAGUCCACGUUACGUUUCUCCCCGAGGGGUCCAGGUCAGCGAGCUUGAUCAGGAUACGUUUGUGAGUUUCAGAACCUCACAGUGUUGCAGGAACAUGUUAAGACCACUUUACGUUAUACAGGCAGCAGAGGCCAUGGUGACAUCUCCUCUUGAUUAGGAUCCCCCAGUUUCCCUUCCUGUCUGUCCACAGAUUGCUGUUAUUUACAGGUAGAAUGUCCGCUCAGCAUUUGCCUUUUAGGACAGAUAGGAUGCAAUGUUUUUUUCUAGACAUCAUAGCGAAGACUUUCAUUUUAGUAAAGCUUGGGUCCAAUUUGGAGUCCCACUUAAGCACAUAUAUUUAACAUCAAUAUUUUUAUAAUGCAGAACUCCCUUUAAGAAAAAAAAAAAAAAUCUUCCCAAAUAGCAAUGUGCCUAAAAUGAGAAAAAGACUAAAAACCAGUAUUUCCUGCGACAUGCUAUGCGUCACUUCCCUCUCCUUUAAAAACUGUGUUUUGUAGGUUUGGUGCCUUUGUUCAGUUCCCAAACAGUCCAAACAACUACGUCUGCUCCUCGGGGGCCGCUCGCCACCCUCGGGUACUGUUGAUUCAGGUUCUGUGCACCGUGUGUGCUCUCACCAGAGACGGGAGACGAGAGACAGAGGGCAGAGGCAAGUUAAGCAGUUUUAAACGAGGAAUCCACACUUGCACUAAGUAGUUUUAGGAUUAACAAUUAAUUAUCUUACCAUGAAUUUAGAUCUUGUAUAUGUAAAAAGCUGCAUGACUCAGCUUAAGAGAAAUCAUUUACCUUUGCCCCGCCUCAGUUUUCUCACACCUGAGUGGGGUGCAAAUGAACUCUCAGCUUGUGGCAGUGUGGCAGGGCUAGUGGCCCGUGGUGAGCAGUCUGUUCCCUGUUUCCCUUCAUAUCCUCUUGACCUACUUAAGACACGAGAGAAAAUGUCUAUAAAGGUCUUUAAGCGUCGUGAAAGUAAGGGCCUGUGCAGAUGCAAAGCGAUACUUUGCAUCUGCAAAUGCAUCAGCUGGACAUACCCAUUGGUACUAAAUUGAAUAACUCAAAUAUCAAUAUAAAUUUGUGAGUCUUAGGUUAAAAAGGAAGGUUAUUUGGGUAGUAUAUAGAUAAUGAAGGAAAGAAAAAUUUUGUUCCAUUACCAAGAAAUCUUAUUUCUGUGUCCCGGAAGGUAUAGUCAGUCUUUUCAUUGAGAAUAACUGAGUGCUUUAAUGCCAAUUUAGUUUUAUCUCAGAAGUUUCAGGAUCAUGCUAGGCAUUGCUCCCUGCAGUAGACUUUACAUGCACAGUGGCAAGUCAGCUAGUUUUAAUCAGAAGUAUUUUCCUUUCAUCGUAGUGUCUGCAAAUCAGAGAGAGAGAAGGCAUUCUAACACACCACGAUCGGCUUCUUUGGGGAUGCGAAACUUGAGUUUCAACAAUUCAUAUUUUGAAAUGUCAGCAAUUUUUAAAAACAGAGGUGUUAGACAUUUUUGCUUCCUGUAACCAGUGUUGGCCCCUUGGUUUCAAGCAUAUUGCCUCAUAAAAAGCACCAGAUGGCUAUCUGAUGUAUUUCAAGAGAUUGUAGAUGUGAUGUUGGCCGACUCAGUGACAUCUCUAAUGCUCUGGGGGUGUUGAAAUAGCAGCCCCUCCUUUAAGAAACAUGUUUACUUUGCUGUUUCACAUGUACUUUGUGUAUAUGAAAUGGCAGCUUCCAAUUUCUAGUUGGAUUUGUCUUACAUUGUUUGUGUAACUUGCCGGUCACACAGGACUGUUUGCUUUUUCAUUGCGAAAUUUGGUAGGGACGCCAAUUCAGCUCUUAUGUUAAUCCAUCCUGAUUUAUUUUAGACAUUGAAUUGAUCUCACCAGAAGUAAAAAGCAUAUGUUGUAUAUGUUGACUGUCGUUGCUAAGUUUCCUAAUUGAGGUAAUUAUGGAUAUGAAUACUUUAAGAAUACUGAUGCUAUAUGAGUAUUUUUGUGGAAAUGUUAACUUGUUAGUGUGACUAUUAUGAAUUUAAGAAUAUUCUUGAAGAAAAUUAAAAUAUUUACUCUUUGGA